CGCGGCCAUGGCCCAGUCCCCUCCUCUGCACAGCCUCCUGGGCCAAGACCACUGGAUCUUCCCCCAGGGUUGGGGCUGGGCCGGCCACCCGGACUCCACAUCCCCUGCCUCCUCCUCGGACUCGUCGGGCUCGUGCCCCUGCGACGGCUCCCGCGGCCCCUCGCAGCCCGCGCCGCAGGCCCGCAACGCCCGCGCCGCAGAGGCCGCCCCGACGGCGCCCGGACGGGCCCGCAGCGGAGCCGCCGCCGGGCAGCGGCAGAGCGCCAGCGAGCGCGAGAAGCUGCGCAUGCGCACGCUCGCCCGCGCCCUGCACGAGCUGCGCCGCUUUCUGCCGCCGUCCGUGGCGCCCGCCGGCCAGAGCCUCACCAAGAUCGAGACGCUGCGCCUGGCCAUCCGCUACAUCGGCCACCUGUCGGCGGUGCUGGGCCUCAGCGAGGAGAGCCUGCAGCGCCGGCGCCGGCGGCGCAGCGACGCGGCGGUGCCUCGGGGCUGCCCGCUCUGCCCCGACGGCGGCCCCGCGCAGACGCAGACGCAGGUGCAGGCGCGCGCCCCGGCGCUGGGCUCAGCCGCCAGCCCCUCCGCGUCCUGGGGGUCCCCGCCGGCGUGUCCCGAAGCACUAGCGGCCCCCGAGCGCCUGGGGAGCAGGAUACCUGACAUGGGUCCCUGGGUUACACCCCCUUACCACCCUGGGAUGCAGUCGCCCCCGCAACUGUCCCGAGGGAGAGGCCCCGACGGGGCCCUUUGGACACCGCCCCAGGGCUGUUCAGGAACGCAGACGUCCCCAGAGUCCAGGAAUCAGGCUACACCCUGGACGCCUUCCCCCGCGGCCCCUGAGCUGGCUGUAAUAUACCAGGGUAUCUCUGUGUCUCCAGAGUCCUGUCUGUUGCCAGAAACGCCACCCCUCCUGUCCCGCCCAGCAUGCCAGAGACUCCAGUCUCAGACCCAGUGGGGUUGCUGGAGCCACGGCGCAGAGAUGCUCCCCGGGUCAGAAGACCAGGGACCAGGCCCUGCCUUCCAGCUCGGUGAUGAGAGCCCUUCCCAGAGCUCAGGCGUGCAGCUCAGUGGCUGCCCUGAACUUUGGCAAGAAGAUUUGGAGGGGGCCCACCUGGGCAUCUUCUACUAAAGGCCUUGCGUUGUCCCCUUGUCGGCCAGGAGUCAGGCCUCCAGGGUGGGCUGCCUUCCAUCUGCUGCC